GCAAUAAAAAUACCGCGCCCUAGUGGUGAUAAUUUAAAAAACGAACAUGAACUUCUAUUGAAUGUAUAUUUAUGAUCACAUGUGUCGUCAUUCGACUUGAGUUUGCUGUAAUAAGUAGUCGCAUUCAAAUUGUCCUUGUGUCUUUCAAACUUUUGUUAUCGUUUACUUCACUAGAAACACAUUUUUUAAAUUUUCAAUACGUAUGAAAUUUUAUGAGUGAAUAAACUAUGUUACAGAAUCAUUCAAAUGAUAUAUUUUUUGUGUUAUUAAUAAGCAUGAUCCCAACAAGCUUUUCGCAUUGGUGAAGUGGGUAGGAGGCAUAGAUGAUAAAAAAUACACACAUGGAAUGAAAUUGAACAAUAAAAAAUUUUCAAAAAUGGCUUCACGCAUUAGACCAAUUAAAAUAACAGCUGUAGGUGAUGGAAUGGUGGGAAAAACUUGUUUAUUGAUAACGUACACUACUAAAAAAUUUCCAACUGAAUAUGUACCAACUGUAUUUGAUAAUUAUAUCGACAAUAUUUUUGUUGAUGGUCAAGAGUUUAAUGUGACACUGUGGGAUACAGCUGGCCAAGAAGAUUAUGAACGUUUAAGACCAUUGUCAUAUCCAAAUAUUCCAUAUACCAUUACAAUCAUGAAAAAAGAUUCAAUUUUGAGAUUAAAAGACAACUCAUACCUAUGCAUUUUGAAAGUUUUUUGGAUCAAGAGAUGAUUGUGGGUAUAAUGUCAAAAUGGAUUCACGUGAAAAUCGUCUAUUUCAUAUGUUUCUAAAUUCUAAAAACAGAUUUCAUGAAUUGUCAAUUAUAAAUAUUUUAUACUGGAAAAAAAAAAUUGAUAAAUCAUGUCAACUAAUACUCGGGCGUUACGAA